AUGUCUGCAAAGACGAAUGCGACCGCGGCGCCGAUCAAACUCGAAAACACGUCCAAGCGCGACUUUUUGCGCGACCUGGAAGUAAAGUACCAGCACGAAUGGAUUGCAAAUCAUGUGUUUGACGUGGACUCGCCUACCAACGACACCGCUUCUCGCGAGCUGAGUCCCGAGGAGCUGCGCAAGAAAUAUCCGAAAUUCUUCGCCACGAUUCCGUACGCGUACAUGAACGGUAGCUUGCAUCUUGGCCACGCGUUUACGCUCUCCAAGGCCGAAUUCGCCACUGGGUACGAGCGCAUGAUUGGAAAACGUGCGCUGUUUCCUUGGGCCUUUCAUGUUACCGGCAUGCCGAUCCGCGCCGCGGCGGACAAGCUCAUUCGCGAGAUUGAAAUGUUUGGCGAGGACUUUUCUCGCUACGACGCACAGGCCGAGGCCGACGAGGCCGCUUCUGCAGAAGCAGCGAGUGCUCAGCGUGUAGACAAGGCGACGAAAGGCAAACUCGCCGGGAAGAGCACGGGUCUCAAGUACCAGUUCCAGAUCAUGCUCAACAGCGGCGUGCCGCUCGAGGAGAUCAAGUGCUUUGCCGACCCUUACUACUGGCUGCACUACUUUCCUCCCAUUGCCAAGCGCGACUGCAACAGCUUUGGCUUGCGUAUCGAUUGGCGCCGCGCGUUUAUGACCACCGACGUGAACCCCUACUAUGACUCGUUCGUCCGCUGGCAAGUAAACAAGCUCCGUGCGAUGAACAAGAUCAAGUUUGGCGAGCGAUACACCAUUUUUUCGCCCAAAGAUGGCCAGCCAUGCAUGGAUCACGACCGAUCGGAGGGCGAAGGCCUUGGGCCCCAGGAAUACACUGGCCUCAAGAUGCAGGUCGUGCAAUGGAGCAAAGACGCCGCACCGAUACUCGACGCACAGCUCGCCGGCAAGAAUGUGUACCUUGUCGCUGCCACCUUGCGUCCCGAGACCAUGUACGGCCAGACGAACUGCUACGUCGGGCCCAAGCUGGACUACGGUGCAUUUGCUGUGAACGACAAGGAUGUGUAUGUGUGCACUGGGCGCGCUGCGCGCAACUUUGCCUUCCAGGGUAUCACCGAUGUGCGCGGCAAAGUAGACAAGCUCGCGUCGAUCAAAGGCGCAGACCUGAUCGGUACGUUGAUCAAGGCGCCCUUCUCGGUGCAUGACGAGGUGUACGUCCUCCCAAUGGACACCGUUCUUGCGACCAAAGGCACUGGUGUCGUCACCAGUGUUCCCUCCGACUCUCCCGACGACUAUGCAAACCUUGUCGAGCUCCGCAAAAAAGCCGAAUUCUACAAGAUCGAUCCCAUGUGGGUAGCCAAGGACCUCGUGCCAGUGAUCCAAACGCCGGGGUACAGCAAUAUGAUCGCCGAGGAUCUCGUCCAAAAGUUCAAGGUACAGAGUCCCAAAGACAAGAACGCACUUGCGGAGGCAAAAGACGUGGCGUACAAGCAAGGCUUUUACAACGGCACCAUGCUGGUCGGCAGCUUCAAAGGUGAGGCUGUGCCGGAGGCCAAGCCCAAGGUGCAAAAAGAGCUUCUCGACGCAGGCCUUGCAUUUGCGUACGCCGAGCCAGAAGGCCGCAUUAUCAGCCGCAGCGCCGACGAGUGUGUCGUGGCGCUCUGCGACCAAUGGUACUUGGACUACGGCGAAGAAAGCUGGAAAGCACAGGCGGAGAAGCUGCUUUCGCGCCUGAAUACCUUCCAGCCCGAGACGCGCCACUCUUUUGAAGGUGUGCUUGGCUGGCUGCACCAGUGGGCCUGCGCGCGUUCCUACGGCCUCGGCUCCAAAUUGCCGUGGGAUCCGCAGUUUUUGGUGGAGAGCUUGAGCGACUCGACCAUUUACAUGGCCUACUACACGGUUGCCUACCAAUUGCAAGGCGGUGUGGAAGACGGCAGCAAGGUUGGGCCGCUCGGCGUCACGCCCGAUGCACUCACCGACGAGGUGUGGGACUAUAUUCUCACCGAUGCGCCGUUCCCUGCAAAUGCUGCCAUCCCCUUUGACAAGGCCGACCAGCUGCGCCGCGAAUUUCGCUACUUUUACCCCAUGGACCUGCGCUCUUCGGGCAAGGAUUUGAUCAACAACCACUUGACUUUUUGCAUCUACAACCACGCCGCCAUCUUCCCCGAGGAGCACUGGCCGCGCGCCAUUCGUGCAAACGGCCAUUUGAUGCUGAACGGCGCAAAAAUGUCCAAGAGCACGGGCAAUACGCUCUCCAUGGCGCAAGCGACCGAGAAGUUUGGCGCGGAUGCAUCGCGCGUCAGUUUGGCUGACGCUGGCGACGGAAUCGAGGACGCCAACUUUGAGGAAAAAACGGCCAAUGCCAACAUCCUGCGGUUCCAUACCCUGAUUGACUGGUGCACAGAUAUGAUGGGCAAGGUAAAAAGUGGAGAUUUGCGCACAGGUCCGCGCGACUCUUUCUGGGACCGCAUGUUUGAGAACGAGAUGAAUGCGGCGAUUAAAGCGACGCAGGACGCGUACGAACGCGCAGCGUACAAAGAGGCCUCAAAAGAAGGGUUCUACGAGUUCCAGUCUUUGCGUGACUUGUACCGCGAAGCGACGGCCGAUAUCGGCAUGCAUGCAGAGCUCAUCGAGCUCUGGGUCCGGAACCAGGCGCUGCUGAUUGCGCCUAUUGCGCCGCACUUUAGCGAGCAUGUGUACAAGGUGCUCCUGGGAAACACCGACUCGGUGCACAAUGCGCGCUUCCCCAGCAUCACCGCGCCGGAGGAUGCAGCGCUCACGGCCGCGGCAAAAUACGUGCGCGACACCAUCAAGACCAUUCGCGACGCCGAGCUUGCCGUGACGCGGAAAAAGGUUAAAGGGCCCGCACAGCAGCCCAAGUACGACGAGCGCAAGCCCAAGGAGGUGUGCAUUUUUGUCGCAGAUGCAUUCCCAGAGUGGCAGGAUAUUUGCGUGAACGCGGUGCAGAAGCACUUUGACGGUGCAUCGGGCAUGAUUGACGACGCCAAGGUGCGCGAAGAGAUUGCCGCGGCUGGCUUGCUCAAAGACAAGAAGGCGAUGCCUUUUGUCAUGGCAUUCAAGAAGCGCAUUGCCGAGUUCGGUCCCGAGAUGGCGUUCAACCGCCAGCUGCCGUUCAACGAAACGCAAACGCUGCAGGAUGCGCUCGGCUACCUGAAAAAGACACUCCACUUUUCCAAUGUACACAUCGAAAGCGCCACGGACGCGCUGAAGCGUGCUGACGAUCUGCAAGGCAGGCUGGGAUUCGACCGCAAUGCGGUAGAAGGAGCCGAACCUGGCGCACCCUCCUUUGCCUUUUACAAUGUCGAGUAG